UUUCAGCGUUGCACAAAGACAUUUAAAAAAAAAAAAAUGGCAACAAGUGAGAACGACGCUGAAGCGGAUGAGGACGCAACAAACGACCCCGGCGCGGCUCCUUAUGGAAACUUUAUCAAUUAUUACACUUUCAACCCACCGGAGAACCGAUUGGGUCUGAUUCCCAGCACGCUCCUUCGGGAUUUAGGCUACAACGACAGCCGUCAGACGACACUGCUGCUGGACGUCGGCUGUAACACGGGGGAACUCAGUGUUGCCCUCUACAAGCAUCUGGUGGAGACGCCAGACGGAAGCAAGGUUCACCUCCUGGGUUUGGACCUGGACGAGGGCCUCAUCCGGCGAGCCCGGGACAGCAACCCCCUCGCGGGCAGCGUCACGUUCGCCCCGCUGGACAUCACCGGCGACUGCGCGCCGCUCCGGCAGCACCUCGCCCUACACGGGAGCUCGCAAUUCCACCUGACCCUGUGCCUGGCCGUCACCAUGUGGGUCCACCUGAACCACGGUGACGCCGGCCUGCUCCGGUUGCUCUCCCGCCUGGCCGAGCUCAGCCGGCACCUGCUGCUGGAGGCGCAGCCGUGGAAGUGUUACCGCUCGGCGGCCCGCAGGCUCAGGAAGCUGGGCCGCUCGGAUUUUGACCACUUCAAAGGGCUUCGAGUGCGCGGCGACAUGAGCGCGCACGCCAGGAAGCACCUGGAGAGACACUGCAACAUGGACAUGGUCCACAGCUUCGGCAGCACCGCCUGGGGAAGGAAGUUGCUGCUUUUUAAGCGGAAGUGACGAGCAAACGUUCGAGUCUCAAAUCAUCUUUCCUUAUUGAAAUAAACGAAAGUGCCACAUUUGUCUUAAUAUAAUACAGACAAAGAAAUACACAACGACAAUUGUCAUAACUAUUAACUUUGUAAGCUGCAGUAAUAUUAGUUAUGGGCCGGUGAGUCUUCUUACAUUGUCUGUCUCUGUGUGUUGCUGCACCGUUUAUUCAAAUAUCAAUUGCUUAACUACCACUAAAUCGAUACAAGUUUAGAUAGCCUGUCUAUGGCAUUUUUCAUUGUGUGUUAGCAACACGCAAGCAUACUUCUGUAAGGCUAUGUUAUCUGGUUUGGUUAAAUACAGAAUGUGUAAAUUGCCUUUGUUUUAUGUUUAGUUUGACCAAAAACCUGAACUGGGUGGAGCAAUAAAAUGUCUGAAGCAUC